AAACCUUGCAGGGCAAAAAGGAGAAACCAAAAAUAUAAACGCACACAAAACUUCUCCGUUAGUUUUCGAGAGAGAGAGAGAGAGAGAGAAGAAGGUUUUGGCUAUGGAGGGUUUGCAGAGAUCUGCUGUUUCUUUUCGAAGACAAGGCUCAUCGGGACUGGUCUGGGACGACCGGUUUUUAUCCGGCGAAUUGAAGCAAACCGCCGCCGCCGCCGCGUCGGAGAAUCCGGAGGCAAAAUCGACUACACCGGCGGUGGCACUGGAGCCGAUCAAUACGACGAUCGAGAGGAGCCGAUCCAACGGCGGCCGUGGGUACCGAACCGGGAAAGUGUCUCCGGCGAUCGAGCCGCCGUCGCCGAAGGUCUCUGCCUGUGGAUUCUGCAGCGCCUUUGGGAAGCCGGCGAAGAAGAGCCGCCGGACGAAAACCGGUAAGCGUAGAUCGCGAUAAGCUCCGAAAUUCUCCGACGAGCGUGGUCUGUGAGAGGAGUGAGUUUUGUCGGAAAUAGAAAUUAGCUGGAAAUUAGGUAUUGUGGGGUAAUAUAAUUUAAAUUUUAAAAACUUGUUCUUGUGCUUUUUUUUUUCUUUUUUUUUUUUUUUUUAAAGUGCUUUUGUUACUUAUUUUAGAUCUUAGAAUCGUAAUUGGUGUAUAAAUUAUAUAAUAUAUGUAUUAUGUAUAAAUUAUCAUACCAAAAUUUCUCCAA